AUGAGUGUCUCUGCACUGAGCCUCACUAGAGCCCUGGGCAGUGUCUCUGGGCCCCUGCAGGUGGUAUCUCUGCUCAGCCUGGUUCUGCUUCUGCUCAAGGCAGUACAGUUCUACCUGCGUAGACAGUGGCUGCUCCAAGUAUUUCAUCAGUUCCCGUCUCCUCCUUCCCACUGGCUCUGUGGGCACAGCUUUAAGUGCUCAAAGGAAAAUGACCUACAAGAGCUACUGAAAAGGGUAGAGAAAUUCCCCUGUGCCUAUCCUCGCUGGAUGUGGGGGGACAAUGCUUACCUUAUUGUCUAUGACCCUGACUACAUGAAGGUGGUCCUGGGGAGAUCUGAUCCUAAGUCUAAUGAUGUCUACAGAUUCUUGGCCCCCUGGAUUGGGACAGGUUUGCUGCUGUUGGAGGGGGAGACAUGGUUCCAGCACCGGCGGAUGCUGACCCCAGCCUUCCAUCAUGACAUCCUGAAGCCCUACCUGGGUCUCAUGGCCGACUCUGUCCGAGGGAUGCUGGACAAGUGGGAGGAGUUCGUCAGCCAGGACUCAUCUCUGGAGAUCCUUGGAGACAUCUCCUUGAUGACCUUGGACACCAUCAUGAAGUGUGCCUUCAGCCAUCAGGGCAGCAUCAGGAAUAACAGGAACUCCCAGUCCUACAUCCAGGCCAUUAAGAACCUCAACAGUAUGUUUUUGUCCCGAUUGAGGAAUGUUUUCUACCAGAACGACCUCAUCUACAGGCUGACCCGUGAAGGCCACUGGAACCACCAGGCCUGCCGGCUCGCCCAUCAAUACACAGAUGCAGUGAUCAAGGAGAGGAAGGCUCACCUGCAGAAGGAGGGAGAGCUGGAGAAGGUGAGGAGCAGGAGGCACUUGGACUUCCUGGACAUCCUCCUCUUUGCCAGAAUGGAGAAUGGGAGCAUCUUGUCUGACGAGGACCUCCGUGCCGAGGUGGACACAUUCAUGUUUGGGGGCCAUGACACCACAGCCAGUGGCAUCUCCUGGAUCCUCUAUGCUCUAGCUUCCCACCCCGAGCAUCAGCAGAGGUGUCGGGAAGAGAUCCUGAGCCUCCUGGGGGAUGGCGCCUCCAUCACCUGGGACCACCUGGACCAGAUGCCCUACACCACCAUGUGCAUCAAGGAGGCCAUGAGACUCUAUCCACCAGUACCAGCCAUCAGCAGAGAGCUGAGCAAGCCCAUCACCUUCCCUGAUGGACGCUCCUUACCUGCAGGAAUCAAAGUUGCCCUCUCCAUUUAUGGACUUCACCACAACCCAAAGGUGUGGCCGAAUCCAGAGGUGUUUGACCCAUCUCGGUUUGCACUGGGUUCUAAUCAACACAGCCAUGCUUUCCUGCCCUUCUCAGGAGGAUCCAGGAACUGCAUUGGGAAGCGGUUUGCCAUGAAUGAGUUGAAGGUGGCCGUGGCCCUGACCUUGCUUCGCUUUGAGCUGUCACCGGAUCCCUCCAGGGUUCCCUGCCUCAUACCAGAAAUUAUAAUGAAGCCCAAGAAUGGGAUCCACCUGCAUCUCAAGAGUCUCACUUAA